AGUCAAUACAAGGAAGGGUGAAGUCGGUCUCCGCGAAAUGUCGUUUUAUGUGCUUUUCUCGUUCACAAAAAACGACUUGCCGUUUCAUUCGUUGUAUGCUCAGGAAAAGAGUCAUUUGCACCAGUGAGGUGUUAGAAAAACCCAGAAAGUUGUAUUCUUUGUGAGGAUGCAGAGUGGAAACGACUGUCGUAAAGCACCCAUGAACAUUGGAUUGGAUUGUUAAGGGUGAAGCCCAUUUGAUCGGAUUUUUAUUGGGGAGAGAAAUGUCGAAGUGGUUGGGGAGGAUUGCUGGGCUGUUCAGAAGUCGGAGUAUGGUCGGAAAGGACAAGGCCGGGAACCGUUUCUUCACCAGAAAAGAUGAAGUUGAUGGCGUCUUGAAAGAGAAAAGAUGGGUGGUAUUCAAGGGGGAGGAGGACCCAACCUCUGUUCCAGUUGAAUGGAUAUGUUGGCUCAACGGGCAGCGGAAAAAGGCUCCAACGACAGAGGAAAUGAUAGAAUUGGAAGCAAAGCGUGAAAGAGUCCGGCAAAAUGUUGCUCUUCUGAAGAAAGAAGAAGAGGAAAGAAAAGCAAGAGAAGGCACUACACGCAAAGUCGUAAAUACUGGUAGAGCUGGAGGCCCAGACUUGAGAAGUUUCAUUCGCCAAUUUCCUGGGUCCUUAGAAGGUGACGAACACAAGGAAGAAACCAAUGAGAUGGAUGAAGUGAGGCUGCCCAAAGAGAAAGAGGCAGAAAAAGAAAAGCUUUCGGAGUCUACAGAGCCUACAGGAUCUGGUCAAACAUUCAAGCCAGGGACAUGGCAGCCACCAACAUGAAGUCAAAUUGAUUAUGCAGAUACUUUUUUAAAGUGUGAGCAUUUUUAACCCUCAUGUCCAGGUAUGAUGCACUGAUUUUUUCUGCCAAAGCAGACGACAUGGUGAGUUGUUAAGUGACACUGUUUUAACAGUUUUGUGGCACACUGCAAUA